AUGGGCGGUAGAUGCUCAAGGAGAGCACCAAGUCCAACGAAAAAUCCGAAACUGUCUGAUUUCCUCAUUAUACGUUCUAUUGGUAGAGGUGCAUUCGGCAAAGUAUGUAUUGCACAAUAUCGUCGAACGAAGAAAUACUACACAUUUAAGUGUAUAAAUAAAAGACGCUGUGUUGAGCAUAUGAUAACUGACAGCGUUCUACAUGAAUUAAACUUAUUAGCAGACCUAUCACAUCCUUUCAUUGCUAAUUUAUGGUUUGCUUUUCAGGAUGAACGAUAUAUGUAUAUGGUAAGCGAUUUGUUAUUAGGUGGAAAUCUAAGAUACCAUUUAAAUCAACAAGGACGAUUUGCUGAAGAUCGUUCAAAGUUGUACGUUUAUGAGAUAGCAUUGGCGCUGGAUUAUUUACACAAGGAAAUGAUAAUACAUAGAGAUGUAAAACCAGAAAAUAUUUUAUUGGAUGAUGAAGGUCACGCACAUCUUACUGAUUUCAAUUUCGCCAUACGUCUUACUUCCAAUACUUAUGCUACCUCAUUCUCUGGUACACGGACAUAUAUGGCACCAGAGAUUCUACUUUGUUCUCUAGGUUAUUUAGCUGGCUAUGAUCAUCGUGUUGAUUGGUACUCUCUCGGUAUUUGUUUUUAUGAAAUGCUCAUGGGGCGAAGGCCCUUCGAAUAUGCUGUUCAUUCAUCUUCAAGACAGGUGCUUUGCUUGAUGAGCAAAAGUUUAAUAGCGCUACCGUCUCAGUGGCCUUCAGAUCUAAUUUCUUUCAUUAGUUGUAUGCUCAGGUAUGAAGUUGGAUCUCGAAUUGCUUCAUUUGCAGCUUUUUCCCAGCAUCGUUAUAUGGAGAGGAUAAACAUGAAUGAUGUUUUUGCCAGGAAGACGGCUCCAGUUUUUAUACCCCGUUCUGGUACAUUGAACUGCGAUCCGACUUAUGAGUUAGGAAUGAGCAUUCUCGAUACCUCCUUCAUGAAUCGUCAACGCUGUUGUACGGUCAACUCUAAGGAGGAAAUCGAGCAAAAAGUAAACGAAUUUGCCCAAGCAUUCAUUUCAUACAAUCGAGAAUAUCAGUACCGAAAAAAUGCAAAGGUUACAAAUAGAAUUAUUCAAAGUGCAGCAGAGUUUCGCAAGUGA